CUCUCGGUUCUUCAACUUGCCGGAAGUCAAAAUGUAGUCAGAGGAAUUUCGCGACCGAACCAGUCCAUCCGGUUGCGGUCGGACAAAAUAUUUUUUUUUCCUUUUUGCAAAAAACACCAAAUUCUCUAGAAGAAACACUACAAUUAAAAUAAAAUAAUAAAAUACUCUUUUAAAGGGGGUUCCUUUUUUUAGAGAGGCGUACAAUUUAAAUAAGAGAAAUUUUAAAUAAAAAAUGUGUUAUUCAUCUUAUAUUGUCAGAAUGUAUAUUAUAUACAACUGGGGUAAUAAAUAUAAUUGUAUUUAUAUGGUUAAAAAUCGUAGAGAAUAGAGCGUUUAUUAAGAACGCUAAAAAUGUGUCUCUUUAAUGAUUCGUCUUUAUUGGAUAAAAAAACAAAUAUUAAUAAUAAUAAACUGCAAAGAAAUUCUUUAAUACAAUUAGUUAAGGAAAAAGGUGGACAAAUGCGUAUGUGAUAAACUUUAAUUUUUUCUCUCGAUGUUAAAAAUCUACGCUUUAGAUGCUUUCGCCAAUCUCGAAAAGUUUGUUAUUUAAUCGGAGGCAAUCGAGGCUUGACGUCGUUUUUAAAAUUCCCAACACUUUGAAUAUGGCGAAAGAAUCUUACGCCAAAGCCGAACCCGAGCUUAAAAAAGAGUUGAGCGAAAUCGCACAACAAAUUGUCGCUCCUGGAAGAGGAAUUUUAGCCGCUGACGAAUCCACCACAACUAUUGGAAAGCGUCUUAAGGACAUCAAUGUCGAAAAUAACGAAGAGAACCGCAAAGCUUACAGACAACUUCUAUUUACAACUGCAAAGGAUGUAAUCAGCCAGCACAUCUCGGGAGUUAUUCUUUUCCACGAGACACUCUAUCAGAAUGCCGAAGAUGGAACUCCAUUCGUGAAACUUCUUCAGGAACGUAACAUUCUGCCUGGUAUUAAGGUUGACAAGGGUGUUGUGCCACUUUUCGGUAGCCUUGAUGAGACCACAACCCAAGGUCUUGAUGAUCUUCAGGCCCGUUGUAUUCAAUACAAAAAGGACGGUUGCCACUUUGCCAAAUGGCGUUGUGUCUUGAAAAUCACCAAAGACACACCCAGUAAACUUGCCAUUCUUGAGAAUGCCAAUGUUCUCGCACGUUACGCCUCCAUUUGUCAAAGUGCAAGAAUAGUGCCAAUUGUCGAGCCUGAAAUUCUCCCCGAUGGCGAUCACGAUCUCGCAAGAUGUCAGCAAGUCACUGAAGAAGUACUCGCUGCCUGUUAUAAGGCAUUGGCUGAUCAUCAUGUCUAUCUGGAAGGAACUUUGUUGAAACCCAACAUGGUAACACCUGGACAGAGUUGUCCAAAGAGGGCAACACCCGAGGAAAUUGCAUGCGCCACAGUGACGGCUCUUCUUCGUACUGUUCCACCAGCGGUUCCUGGAAUCACCUUCCUCAGCGGUGGACAGUCCGAGGAGGAGGCCUCCAUCAAUUUGAAUGCCAUCAAUAGACAUCCAGCGAAGAAACCUUGGGCAUUGACCUUCAGUUACGGUCGUGCCCUCCAGGCUUCGGUUCUCCGCGCUUGGUCCGGCAAGAAGGAUCAAAUUAACGCUGGUCAGGAGGAACUCAUCAAGAGAGCCAAGGCGAAUGGUGCAGCUUGCCAAGGAAAAUAUGUUUCCGGUAGUGUUUCUAGUAAAGCUGGAGCUACUUCUCUUUUCGUCAAAUCUCACGCCUAUUAAAUCUUUCACAUUUUCUUGUUGUCGUUCUUGUUAUUUUUUUCUUAUACAACGCCAACAGCGACUCAGCACUUGGAAAAUAUGCAGGAGGUGUAGCAGGAGCAGCAGGAGACGCAGCAUUAUUCGUUGCGAAUCACGCAUAUUAAAUUAUUAUCAAAAUUAAUUAUAAAAAAAAAUUCUCGAAACCACAAAAUAAUUGACUAUAUAAAAAAAGAAAUAAGAAAAUGGAAAUAUUUUCCUUUCAAUAGACUCGGGAGGAAAACAAAAUCAUUUUCAUAUUGAAUUUGUCCUUUUUUGUUUUUUAAAAAUCAUAAUUGAUCGAGAUUCGAUUUAUUUUAACUAUUUUUACUUUUCCCUCUUUCAUCAAUUCAAAGAGGGGGAAAUUAAUUUAUUUACAAUAAUCACGAUUUUAAACCAAAGUUUUAAUUGUCAAUUCCUCGCUUCUUGUAUUUUUAAUAACUUUUUUUUUUAUUUUUUUUUUUUUUUUAAAUACAAGUUGUGACGGUUGUUUUAUUUUCUGUCCUAAUUGGUAAUCGCUCAAGAAAUAAUUGUCUUUUAAAAAAAGAAAAAAUAAUUAAGCCUCGAUAAAUUCGAUUUUCGACAAGUUUCGCGAGAUUUUUGCAGCAAAUUAUCUGUCAAUAAAUAAUUGUUAAAAGAAAAUAAAUAAAUAUCAAUUUUAGUGUACGUUGUGUCUUGAAAAAAUAUAUUUUCUCGGCUAAUAUGAAAUAAUUAAUAAUUAAUAUUAAUAAUAAUUAUGAUAAUAAUGAUGAAGAAAACUACUCACGCGCACGUGUACAAUAAAUUUAUGUCUUUAUUGACAAAAAGAAAAUUGUACAUUAUGAAUAAAUAAAAAAAACGGAUAAAUUCACAUGUUACAUUGAAUGUUGUUGAUUAGUCGACGAGUCGAUUAUAUUGCAUUACGAAAUAAUGUUAAAUUAUACACAUAUGUGAAUCUUGUAUUAGAGAUUUUACGUCACUGAUAACAGAUAUCUCGUACAUCAAUGUUAUGUCUGAUAUUUUCAUUUCAAUUUAGAUUAUCAAAUAUAAAAUUGUGAAGGAUCAAAAA